AUGACUUCACGGCCACCCUUGACCGACCAGACGCGCUCAUGGUUUGAAUCCAUUGCUGUUGAAAAAGAUAGUAAUGUCGAUAUUGUUGCUGUCCCGCCUAUCGGCGCCGAUCAUAGAAAGACAUGGAUAGCGCAUGGUGCGAGAUCCUCUUGGCUUGAACUUGAACUGUUAAAGCAUAUCCCUAGAGCGCGAGUAUUGCUGUAUAACUAUGGAGAUCUGCGUGACGAUAAAAUCGACACCUUGGGUGAGCGGCUGUUAAACCAACUACGCACUGAGCGGAAAAAUGAGCCAACCCGACGUCCCAUUUUCUUCAUAUGUCAUAGCACUGGAGGUCUCGUCGUUAAAGCAGCUUUAGCGCUGGCAUCACGGGAGCCGGGGCAGUCCAUCUUAACCAGCUGUCAUGGGAUCGCCUUCUUUGCAACUCCUCACCAAGGCUCGACCUAUCUAUCCGCCGAUGAGUAUGUUGCUAGUAUUCGCCAUCUCUUGCAUCUGCAACAUGACACACCGGCCGCACUCAGAAAGCAGUUACGCACCCGACAAGACCGGUUGUGGCAUUUAUCGAACCAGUUCAAGUCUCUUUCAGCCGAUAUGAGGGUCUGGUCUUUUCUCGAAACUGUCGAUUCUACUAUGCAUGUGAUUGAUGCUGAGACGAAUAAAACGUUAGAGUUUCAUGUCCCGAUUACUUCGAUUCGGUCGGGUUUGUUGAAUAUUGAGAAUGAAAAAGAACUGCCCAUGGCAACAGAUCAUGCGGGGACGGCGACUUUCCACGGUCAAGAGUCCACACGAGAUCGAUUUCUCGAUGAGCUUGGUGAUGCCGUCGAGACUGCUGUCGAAAUAUCAAAACGCGAGGAUACGCCGUUGGGCGUGGAACAGCAAGUCAUGGUUCAAAUCAAUGGAUUCUUUGAAGACACCGCACUGGGCGUCAGUGACGAAAGUCCGCUGAAGCUGUGGUCAACCAAGGUGUCCUUGGAAGACUACCUCUCUCGGGGUCCGUCCGCUUGCCUUCGGGAGAGACUAGGUCGACUUCAGCCCUGUGGCUUGGACGACUCUUCAAUCAGCAGUUAUGAUAGUCCUCGCUCAUCUAAAAUUGCUCCUGGUUCCGAUUCACAAGGUCAUCAUCACGGCUAUCACCACGACCAUCAUGAUGAGAAGUCAGGGCCACUGCGACCCCCUCUACCCUACAGACGAAGCUUUGAUGAUCCAUCCGGUCCAUCUCCACAGAUCCACAUCACCAAAGCAGAUAUGGAGGACUACACGAAUGAUAUACCAAGUGAAAGCCCACCUCCACCACAGGAGCCGACAAGAAAGAACUCCCUCAGCAAGGCGCUGGGAUUCUUUCCAUUGUCGCGCUCCCACCGUCGGACCACUUCUGACAGCAGUUCCCAAGGAAGCAUUGAACGGCCACCUUCGAGCGCUUCUACAUCGCAACCUGCGCAGUCGCCUUUCCUGGCAAUACCAAAGUCUACUCGAGAUCGUAAUGCGGACGUGCCAGAUGUCCCUCGAGCAGUCCCACGUUUCGAUCGACCCGAGGCUGAUACUGAGAAACUUAUGUGGAUCCAUGUGCCGUAUACGCAUACUGGCUGGGUCUCUCAAGUCAUCCGCCGAGCAUGUCAGGAUAGUCAAGAGCCUAAUUUUGUUCGAAAAUUCAUCAAUGACGAGAAUUGGUAUCACCGGCUUAAUAGAGCUCGUCAUCUCGAGCCUCACGCACGUUUCGUCAAGCCCGCGUGUAUUCACUCAAGACAAAUGGAUGUUCCACAAAGCCCUUCUGAUGCUGCCGAGGAUCCUCAACUCGCUCUAUAUUCUCCCUACCUCCACUGGGAUACAUACCGAAACCUAAUCCAACGGCGCAAGGUAGUCGAAGACCGGCUGAACCAAGGCCGAUCCAGGCCCGUCCCAGGCCGAAUCUCAAAAGCAAGCCUAGAAGCGCAACUAAUCUGGACCUACCUCGGCUGUGAGCCUCCAGUGCACUUCCGCCGCACACUUGAUCAAUACGGGUAUCCCAAUCUGCGGUCGACCAUCGCUCGUGACGACGACCAGAUGCUCUGGAAACGUACUCGUAGACCGGCGCGCAUUGACGAACAACUAGAAGAGUGUCUACAGUCUGCACGGGAUGAUCCAGAUAACGAGGAGAUGAGCGAGUUUAAGGAUGGGAAAGUCUUGAUGGUUGAUCAGCUCUGGCUUUGGAUUGUUGAUCAGAAAACUGUUGUUACUUUCUUUCCGAAUCAGGAGGCUAAUACCUCUGAGGAAAAGCUUUUUGAACAGUCUAACUUGCACAGUAGCAUUUAUAAUGAGCUGAAUGGAGAUCUAUCGCGUCAUUUUGAGACUGCCGGUGACUUGGCUGCUCUCAUUAUGCUGCAUUCUGUCACCGUACUCCUGGACAAGACUCUGCAUCACGAUCUGCAGGUUUUGCGAAUCUUCGAGGAGUCAAUCAGCAUCUUGACCGAAUCCGUCACCAAGUCGUUCAAGCGCUUCCGAAAUAGAGGUUUUACCAACCGCCCAGCGGAUCAUGAUCGCACCUCAGAUGGCAAGAUCAUGACACUCGCCCAGCAGGAAUAUAAAGAAUUCCAGGUUGCUCGCCGAAACCGAGAAGAUCUCUCCGUUCUCCUCGAGCUGCGCGACAUCGAGGAUGAGUUAUCCACCAUCCUGAAGCUGCUCGAUCAACAAGAUGCUGUUAUCAAAGGUAUGGUCAAAUACUUUGAUAGCAGGGGUGGAUACGGUAUGUCAUUCCUCGAUACAGCACAGGAGCGGAUCGACGAAUAUCGGGCACAAAUCAACGAGAUGAAAGACAGCAGCCAUCAAACACAGAAAUCAGUUGAGACCCUCCUCGAUCUCAAGCAGAAACAGGCAAACGUGGACGAAGCAAAGAUGACCCGAUGGCAAGCUGAAGUCGCUCAAACGCAAUCCCGAGCAGUAAUGGUCUUCACCAUAUUCAGUGUUGUCUUCCUCCCUCUAUCCUUCUUCACCUCCUUAUUUGGAAUCAACGCCCGAGAGUGGAGUGGAGAACAGACAAACCCAACCUUAGGCGAAAUGUUCGAGAUAGCUGCCCCGGCCUCCUUUGCAAUAAUCUUCCUCUCCCUCUUCAUAGCCUUUAGCGACACGUUACGCGAUAUCGUAUCAAAAGCGUACAAGAUCAGUAUGGGCCUACUGAAAGAAUUCAUCUUGCACCCUGUUCAAUCAUUGGUGGUGGAUCCCACUACAGGUAAAAUUCCUGUUCAUGUUGUGCCUGAGGACUCUAGGCUCAGGAAACGAUUCGAUGAGUACCUCGGUUAUGGGAGGCGGAAUAUGCAGCGUGAUGACGAUAUCUGGCAGCGAUGGCAGGGGGAUUGGAGUUCCGGGGGGAAGGGGGUUAAGGGGAACUAUAAGAUGAAUGCUGGACUGGAUCAGAGAAAGCGUGGGGAGGUGUAG